AUUUUCUCACACAACCAGAAAAAAAUAAAAAGAAACACACUUUACUCUCUCUCUCCCCCCUCUCUCCGUUUCUCUGUAUCGGAACGGAAGUAAGAAAAGUAAAAGAGAGGAAAAAAAAACAUUGAGCGAAAAACCCCAACCUUUCUCUGUGUGUGUUCAUUUCCGCAUUUAGGGUUCCGAUUUGGAAUUGAGAGAGAAAGAGUGGUUUCUAGGGUUUCGAUGGAGUGAGUGAGACAGCGUUUGUGAGAUCUGAGAAGAAGAGAACCCCCCUUGAAGGACCGUUAACAAUGGCUUCUGCUGAGAGGCAGCUCGAAGAACAGCUUCGGGAAGCUGGGAACAAGCUUCUAGAUCCCCCUUCAUCCGUCGACGAACUUCUACCUCUUCUCGAUGAUUCGUGAAUCAGUUUUUGAGUUGCAGAUGUGUUACGUUUGCCGAUUCUCUGUAUCGGAGCCUAUUUAUGUCCGCACCAACAGUAAUCUUUUUAAAUAAAAUUUUAAUUUGUGACAGGUUAAUUUCUGGUGUACCGAAUUAAAAAGUACGGUGAAAAAAAAAAACAUUUACUGGCUUACCGGUGUGAGAUCUUUUUGCUUUAAGUCUUUAACACGUGCCCAAAUCCCUGAGCGUUGAGCAGGUUUAAGUGCAUUUAUUUUAUCUUACUUUAGACAGAAAUAGUGUGGUCCUUUAAUUCUAUUCCCCCGACAGAUUGAUUAAUGAAAUAAUUAAAUUUUAAAAUUCAACCUUAAAACCCUAAAUCCACUUUAAUGGUGCUCAAUUGUCAAUUCAACUCAACUCUACGAAGCUUUGUUAGCCGCCCCCGCCUCAAAAUUUUCGUUCUCCCCUCUUCACACUUCAAAGCACCCUCACCCCGUUCUCCUCUCCCUCACGUCACAGGCUAGGCUUAGUCUAAAGUUGCCGUAGCUUGUUUAAUGCAAUACUUUGGUCCGUUUUCAUCCUGUAAUGAGAAAUAGCAUUGCCAUUGCGGUUCCUCUGAGAUUGAGACCAAACAUUAGCAACACUCUACCACAUCACAAGUUCUGGCCAACCUGCUUUCACAGCCAUGAAGGUACGCACACCACAGCUUUAACGCUUUCAAUAGCCUAGGGCACUUCAUUCGUCGCAUGUUCUUGUUCCUCCCCUCUCUCUUUCUCUGACAUACCAUUAGUUGCGUGCCCUACUCUGCUCCUCAAACAAAGCCCAUGGCGCUUCAUUUCGAGAUUCUUGGCCGGUUCAACCGUGCUCGUGCAGCUCAAUUGACCCUCCCUCACUUUGUGUGUCAAACACCACUAUUUAUGCCAGUGGGUACUCAAGGGACAAUCAAAGGCUUGACAAAUAACGAACUUGAGAGAAUUGGUUGCCAAAUAAUUCUGGGAAACACAUAUCACUUGGCCCUUCGACCUACUUCCGAGCUUCUCGAAGAAGCUGGUGGUCUUCACAAUUUUAUGAACUGGCCACGGGCUAUGCUUACAGACUCUGGUGGCUUUCAAAUGGUCUCAUUGUUGCAUCUUGCUGAUAUCACAGAAGAAGGUGUGACAUUUCAGUCACCGGUGGAUGGCAAGCCAAUGCUUCUUACACCCGAAGAAUCAAUUCAGAUACAAAAUAGAAUUGGAGCAGAUAUUAUUAUGGCUUUGGAUGAUGUUGUAAAGACCACCAUUACUGGUCCAAGAAUUGAGGAAGCUAUGUAUCGAACGCUUAGAUGGAUAGACAGAUGCAUAGCAGCGCACAAGAGACCUCACGAUCAGAACUUGUUUGGUAUUGUACAAGGUGGUUUAGAUCCUGAGUUGAGGGACAUCUGUGUCAAAGGUUUGGUAGACCGCAACUUGCCUGGCUAUGCUAUUGGUGGUCUUGCAGGAGGCGAAGAUAAAGAUUCGUUUUGGCGAGUUGUUGCUCAGUGCACUGCUGCUUUGCCAGAGGAUAAACCACGAUACGUUAUGGGAGUUGGUUAUCCACUUGAUAUUGUUGUUUGUAGUGCUUUGGGUGCAGACAUGUAUGAUUGUGUCUACCCCACCCGUACAGCACGUUUUGGGACUGCCCUUAUUCCUGAGGGAGUACUAAAACUAAAACAUAGAGCCAUGGCUGAUGAUACUCGACCAAUUGAUCCUACCUGCCCUUGUAUGGUUUGCAAGAACUACACCAGGGCCUACAUCCAUUGCCUUGUCACUAAAGAUGCCAUGGGGUCUCAGCUUCUAUCAUAUCAUAAUUUAUAUUACAUGAUGCGGCUUAGCAGGAAUUUACACACAUCAAUAGUUGAGGGAAGGUUCCCAAAGUUUGUAUGUGACUUUUUACAAACAAUGUUCCCCAAAGGUGAUGUUCCUGAAUGGGUCUGCAAUGCUAUGGAGGUGGCCGGAAUCGACAUUUCUUCCUGCUGUGCUCCAUUUCCAUCAUGCCAAGAAAAGUAUUCCACCGAUGAAAUCGGAACUAAUGACAUACACAUGGAGUUAAGGCUUACACACACAAGUUAUAGACCAACACGAAAUUUAGAAAUUUAGCCGAGCAUGGAAGGCAUGCACAAAUUAGUUUACACAAUGAUUUUUUUGCAGGUUAAUGCUUACUUUGGUUCUUCUAUGUACACGUGUGAAUCAUUUUACUUGACUCGUUAAAAUCGAUGAGAACUAAAAUGACCGACGCGUGUACUUAUGGAGAUCAAAGUGAGCAUUAACCUGCUUACUUUUGGUAGCAUAAAUUUUGUAUCCUGCAUAUGCUGCUUUGAGUAAAAUUUAUUUAAAGGUUUACAGCAAAUCUUUUGUUCUUUCCAAUUCUUAUUGUCAACACAAGUGGAGAUUAGGGUUGUGUUCGUGAAAGGAAAAAGAAAUGGCGUAACAUUAUUUAAGUCUUGCUGUUUAUGUCGUGUCAUUUUAUAUUUUUUAAUUCGAACUUAAAAGAGCCUUCUUUAAGCAAAAUUUUUUUUCCUUUCAAGUGUGGAAGCUAAUGGCUGUCCUAUCAUGAAAAUACUUGUAACUUUUUAGGUAUAUUUAAUGUCUUAAAGAAACUUUUUCUUGAAGUAUUAUUAAAAAACAU